AUGGAGGCCGUGCUGGGGAGGCUCGCUCCUCCCUUCUCCACCCCUUCGGCCCACCUAUCCUCAAGGCUCAGCCGCCCGCCGGCGGCCUUGGGAAAGGGGACGGCGGCGCGCCGCUGCUCGUUCGCCGGCGGCACGGUGGCCCGCGGGAGGUGGGAAAGCCUCGAGGGGAAUGGUGGCGGCGGGAGGUCCGGAAGAGCGGUGGUCGCGGGGGUGAAGAAGAAGAAGGGAAUUAAGUCCGAUGGGGAAGGUUAUGGGCCCAUUCCGGACGAGAGCGAGUUCUUCUACCCCGAAGCCGUCCUUCUCAAGAAGGUAUCAUAGUUUUUCCUCUCAUUGCAAUAGAUCUGAGGGUGCCGAAUGCUAAAGAAUAAUCUUCUCCUUUUUCAACCUCCCGUUGACCUUGUUCUAUCGUGUGUAAGUUUGGGGAGAAUUCAAUUCCGAGGUACCAAGCCCAGGAAUUUUAUUCAAAUUUUUAUCAACUGGCAUCUUCAUCUCCCUCGUGCAUCUUGUGAUUGUGUAGCUUGAUGCUUCUUUUGCUGCCAUGAAGUGAUCAUAAAAUUGCACGGAUUUUUCAUGCAGGAAUAGUUCGUCGAAUUUCGUGGUUUCUUCAUUGAAUUCCCCAACUUAUUUCCUUGAUCAAAACCCAAAGGUUGAUGCGCUUGGUUUUCCCUGCAUAUUCUCAGAGAACAGGUCAAGAAGAUGAUGCAGACCAGCCUGAAUUUGCAGAUGCCGAAGAAGGUUUGACUCCGUUUCACCCCUCCCUUAAUCGUCAUUCUUCUCCACCUUCUCUCAAUUGUUCUUGUUUCCUGAUUUAGAUUUGCAAGUAACCACGGUCGUGUUUCAAUUGCAGAGAAGCUGUUCGAGUUUCUCAAUCUUCAGCUGGAGAGUGAAGUAAAGUUGGAGAGAAGUGAGCAGUACCCUCUAUCCCCCCAUUGACAUCCGCCACUCAAAUUUCUUGAAAUUGAUAUAAAUUAUGUGUUAUUUCCUGAUUCGACCCAUUAUCGAUCCCUUUGACUUCCUGAUUCAACCGAAAAUGAAGCAUUUAUUCUACUUACCACUGUCUUUCCUUGGUUCAUCCAUUGAUCCCUCUGCCUUUUGGAUUUUUGGCAGUGCGUCACUACGAGGUGGUUUACCUGAUCCAUGAAGACCAUUUCCAAGAAGUCAACACCGUCGUUGAAAAAGUCCAAGGUGAUCUAUAUGUUAUUCCCUCCUGUUCAUAAUCUUUAGCGGCACUCUAACGGAUUUUUGAUCGUGGCUGCAGAUUUCAUCAAGGAAAAGAAAGGCAAGAUAUGGAGGUUCAACGACUGGGGGAUGCGCAAGCUGGCCUACAAGAUAAAGAAGGCGAAGAAUGCCAACUACAUUCUGAUGAACUUCGAGGUUGAAGCCCGGCAUAUUAGUGACUUCAAGGCCAUGCUCGACCGAGAUGAAAGGAUAAUCCGCCACCUCGUCAUAAGACGUGAUAAUGCCAUCACCGAGGAUUGCCCCCCGCCUCCUGAAUUUCGAGCCGGAGAAUCCGAAGAAGAAGAAGAAGAGGAAGAUGAUUAUGGUGAUGAUGAUGAUGAUGAUGAUGAUGAAGAGUACGAUAAUGAAGGUGAUGAGGGUUUUGGGGAAAAUGUGUUUAUUGUUGGUGAAGAGGAGGAGGAGGUGGAUGACGAUGCUCCAAAGAAGGAGAAGAUGUUGGGUGUGGCUUCAAGCACAUGA